AUGACUAUUCUGGAAGAGACUUCACAGGUUUUGGGAAAUAGCCACCCUAAUUUUAUGUUGUCCUCGACAUCAAUACCGUUAUCCUCGAUUGUAAACACUACUACUAAUAACGAUGAUUUGGUUACUUCGAGCCAUGGUUUAGUAACCGAACCUAUUUCAUAUUUACAAGAAUUUACUACUGAUGAAUCAGCAGUGAAUUCUGCAUUGUUAACAUUGGAUUCUAUAUUUAAUAAAUUAAAGAUUGAUGAUCCAAAGGAAGCGGAGACCACAUCUGUGUAUUUAGAGACUUUCUUAUUCUCUUUACUGCGUGAAGUAUCGAUUGAGGAAUUUCAAAAUUUUACCAAUCAUAUUAACAAUAAAAUAUUGGAAUUAAUUAAUAGUAAUAAAGCAAAUGAAAAUAUUGCAGGGAUUUUAACCAUAGAUAAAUUAGUAAAUCUUUACACUCAAAUAGAAGAACUACCGAACCAAACAUUGCGUCUAACAAAUCAUUUGAGAUUACUUAUACCGUCUGAUGAUGAAAAUGUUAUGAGAUUAGCUGCAAAUACAUUGGGAAAAUUGACAAGCCCUAGUGGUACACUUUCUUCUGAUUUUGUUGAAACUCAAGUUAAGAUAUGUCUAGAAUGGUUAUCAACUGCCCCAGAACAAACAUCAUUUAAAUCAAGACAGGAAAAUAAAAAAAUUGCUGCCAUUUUGGUUCUUUCAUCGUUAUCCAAACAUUGUCCUUAUAUCAUAUACCCUUAUGUUACUAAUAUUCUUAAAAAUGUCCGAAAAACUCUAAAUGAUCACAAGGCCUCAUUACGAAAGGAUACAGCUCUCUUAAUACAAUACUGUUUGAGAAUAAUACAGAAGAGAGAUAGAACUCUAUUGAUUGAAUGGUAUCAAAAACUUUUAGACCUGUGCUCUACACAGAUAAAUAUAGGAACAAAUGAAUCAAUUCACUCAGCAAUGCUUAUAUAUAAGGAAUUACUUUCACUUGAUAACAAUUUUCUUAUAGAUUCGUAUGACGAAAUAUUUCAAACGAUAUGGGAUUUUAGAAAUAAUAAAUUAGAAUUUACAAGACAAGAAAUAUAUGAGAUUACAUCGAUGUUUGCUGCAUAUGAUCCUCAGUUGUUUUCUUCGAUUUAUCUAAAUCAAGUAAUUUUAGAUUAUCUUUCGAAACUACAGGAAAUUAAGAAUACAAAAAAUUCGAUUUAUGAUUUUGAUAGACCAUAUAUUCUUAAAUCUAUCGGUGAUAUAUCUGUUGAAGUUGAAUCUGAUAUAUAUCCAUAUGUAUUAUCUCUUAUUGAUGUAUUUUCAGAUGAAUUGAAAACUAAAUACCAAGAGAGACAAAAAUACGAAAAGGAGAUAUUUUACGGUAUCGUUAAACUGACCGAAACUAUUGGUGAAGACAUGGAAUCCUAUUUGCAUAACGGUUUGUUGGAUCUAAUGUUGGCGUGUCCAUUGAGUACUUAUAUGAAAAAUACACUAAAUACAAUAAUUGCGGCCAUACCAGGUUUAGAUUUCACAAUUAACACAAGGUUACUUAACCUAAUAUCUCUUGCGUUAUCAGGGAAAGAAUUCAGAAUACCAGGUUCACCAACUCCAGAAGGUAAGUUUUCGAAAAAGAAGGCUCGUGUGUGGAGAGAUAAUAACGAAUAUCGCCAGAAUGGUAGAAUCAACUCAGAGAAUAACGAUUGUACUAUUCUUAUCCAAGCUUUGACUAUGCUCCAAUCUACUACAUGCCAAUAUUCCUUGAUCGAAUUUGUCCAAAACUGCAUAAUAUACUAUAUUGAACAUACGAAUUAUAAAGUUAGGGAAUUAGCAGCAAUUACAUGUUGCGAUUUAUUAGUUAAUGACGGAAUCUGCAAGCAAAUGUCAGUUAAUGCUCUUAAUACUGUUUCCGAAAUACUUUCUAAACUAUUAACAGUUGCUAUUACUGAUAUUGUCCCAAAUAUAAGGUUAGAAAUAUUGAAACACCUUGACCAGAAUACAGAUUCCCAAUUAGCUCAACCUGAAAAUAUACGGCUACUUUUUACAGUUUUAAAUGACGAAAUAUUUUCCAUUCGAGUGGAGGUAAUCAAAAUCCUUGGAAGACUGACUACUGUAAAUCCUGCAUACGUGAUACCCUCGCUAAGAAAGAUUCUAUUGGAACUUCUGACCGAGUUAAAAUAUCUUAAGAUGGCAAGAAGAAACGAGGAAAGUCUAACACUAUUGUGUUCAUUAAUUAGCUCGACGAGGGGUACAUGUAAGCCAUAUUUGGAACCUAUUUUACAAAUUUUGCUUGUCAAGGCAAAAGAUAAAUCAGGUGCGGUGUCAUCAAUAGCUCUUAAAGCAAUUGGUGAAUUGGCUGUUGUAUCUGGAGAAGACAUUAAGGACUAUUUAACCGAAGUUGUACCAUUAAUUAUUGAAACUUUUCAGGAUCAAUCAAACUCUUUCAAAAGAAACGCAGCUUUGAAGUCAUUUUCUCAGAUUGCAAGUGCAUCAGGUUAUGUCAUUGACCCACUACUUGACUAUCCUACGUUGUUAAGUGUUUUAAUAAACAUAUUAAAAUCAGAUUCCACCCAAAAUGUAAAAAGAGAGACUGUUCACCUAAUGGGUGUAAUUGGUGCCCUCGAUCCGUAUAGGCAUCAAGAAGCUGAAGAGACAUCUGAUUCACAUAUAGCCUUGGAACAGAACGCUCCGCCAAUCGACAUAUCAUUACUAAUGCAAAAUAGUUCACCAACAUCGGAUGACUACUUCCCAACGGUUGUGAUUACCACUCUUCUUAAAGUUUUAAAGGAUAAUUCGUUGGUUGCACAUCAUACAGCAGUUAUACAAACUAUAAUUCACAUAUAUCAGACAUUAGGAUUAGGUUGUAUUGGAUUUCUACCCCAUAUUGUACCUGCAUUUUUAUAUGCGAUAGUGAAUUGCCAACAAUCACUUUUGGACUAUUAUUUCCAACAAUUAGGUGUUUUGAUAUCAAUCGUAAAACAACAUAUACGACCAUAUUCUGAAGAAAUAUAUAGAGUUAUCUUAGAUUUCCUACCAAAUCCGAAAUUACAGUUUACUAUCAUUUCUGUUAUUGAAUCUUUUUGCGCAGCACUAGAAGGUGAAUUCAAAAUAUUUGUUCCAGAAACCUUAACUUGUUUCUUGACAAUAUUUGAGACUGACAAAUCUCCAAAGAGGAAAGUUUCGAAGAAGAUUCUAAAAUGUCUCAUUACAUUUGGGCCUAGAUUAGAGGAUAAUUUUUACUUAAUCCUACCAACCCUUAUUAGAACCUCUGAAUUUUCAUCCCCUGAUUUAAAAAAAGAAGCAAUUGUUACAAUAGGGAAAUUAUCAAGACAUAUUGAAUUGUCCGAUAUAUCGACAAGGUUAGUACAAACUGCGUUAAGACUUCUGAACUCUAGGGAUCCUGCUAUCAUUGAGGCUACUAUGAACAUGCUCUGCUUAUUAUUAUUGCAAAUGCGCACUGGAUUCAUGAUAUACGUAACCAGCAUCAAUCAUGUCCUAGUAAAGAAUAAUAUUACACAUAAGAUAUAUGACCAAUUAGUGGAGAAGUUAAUGCGCAAAGAAGAUUUUCCAAAAACAUUGGUAUGGAAUGAUGACGCUGCUGAGGAACCUCAAGUUAGUAACUCUAAACAACCUGUGCCAGAAAAAUUACCUAUUAAUCAAGAAGUUUUAAAAGCUACAUGGGAUUGUAGUCAACAACGGACGAAGGAAGACUGGCAGGAAUGGAUAAGAAGAUUAUCAAUCCAAUUACUCAAGGAAUCGCCAUCUCACGCUUUAAGGGCAUGCGCUGGUUUGGCAAGUGUGUAUUAUCCUUUAGCCCGAGAUCUUUUCAAUGUAUCAUUUGUGAGUAUAUGGACGGAAUUAUAUACCCAAUAUCAGGAAGAUUUUAUCAAAUCGUUUUGUGUAGCAUUAAGUUCACCUCAAAACCCGCCUGAGAUUCAUCAGGCAUUACUGAACUUGGUUGAAUUCAUGGAACAUGAUGAGAAAUCGCUGCCUAUUCCGCUACAAAUAUUAGGCGAAUAUGCAGAACGGUCACAUGCAUAUGCAAAGGCAUUGCACUUCAAAGAAGCAAAGUUCAUCCAAGAGCCAAUAGAUAAUUCUAUUGUAGAAUCUCUUAUUAGUAUCAACAAUCAAUUACAUCAAAAUGAUGCGGCUGUUGGUAUCUUAAAAUAUGUCCAAAAACACCAUAAUCUGCAGUUACAAGAAACUUGGUAUGAAAAACUAGAACGUUGGGAGGAUGCAUUAGAUGCUUAUAAUAAUAAAGCUCUUAGGGGUGAAUAUACAGAAAGUAUCACUAUGGGCCAAAUGAGGUCAUAUCAUGCUUUGAGUGACUGGGAUAAUUUAUCCACCCUUGCUUCGAGUAAGUGGAAUAAUGCAAGUCCAAAUUUAAGAAAAAUGAUGGCACCGUUGGCAGCUGGUUCAGCAUGGGGUUUAGGGCAAUGGGAUAAAAUUCAAACAUAUAUUGAUGCUAUGAAACCUAUGACCCCCGAUCGGGAGUUUUUCAGUGCUGUUUUAGAUGUACAUAAUAAUAAUUUUGAAGAGGCAGAAAGCCAUAUCUUUAACGCUAGAGAUUUAUUGGUUACUGAAAUAUCUGCAUUGAUAAGCGAAAGUUACAACCGUGCAUAUAAUGUUGUAGUCAGAAGUCAAUUGAUAACCGAACUAGAAGAAAUUAUUGCAUUCAAAAAGGCUCCACAAAAUUCGGAAAAGAGGGUUUUCUUAAAAAAUACUUGGAAUAAGAGACUAUUAGGUUGUCAAAGAAAUGUUGAUGUGUGGCAAAGAGUAUUAAAAGUAAGAUCCCUUGUUAUUAAACCAAAGCAGGAUAUGCAAAUAUGGAUUAAAUUUGCUAAUCUCUGUAGAAAAAAUAAUAAAUUAAAUUUAGCCGAAAAGGCACUAAAUUGUUUAUCAGAUGAGACGAUGGGUGCUAAUAUUAUUCCUUCGAAGGCAACACCCUCUGUUGUUUACGCCCAAUUGAAGUAUUUAUGGGCAUGUGGAUCAAAACAAGAAGCUCUCCGUUAUCUAAUUGGAUUUACAUCCAGGAUGGCACAUGAUUUAGGCUUGGAUCCAAGUAACAUGAUUGCGCAAACUGUUAAUAAAAGCGCUACUGUUUCAAGUACUUAUGUUGAGGAUUAUACAAAAUUACUUGCCAGAUGUUUCUUAAAACAAGGUGAGUGGAGAAUUUCUUUACAGCCAAAUUGGAGAACCGAUAAUCCAGAUGCUAUUCUUGGUUCAUACCUAUUAGCCACCCACUUUGAUAGUAACUGGUAUAAGGCUUGGCAUAAUUGGGCUCUUGCAAAUUUCGAGGUUAUUUCUGCUAUAUCUGCUAAGAGAAAGGCAGCAGAGCAGGCUUCACACAAUAGAAGACAACAUAUGGGCGACAACGACACCCAAAAUAUAGAUAAUGAUGGCACUAUAAUGAACUCUGACGAAAUGCUACAACGCCACGUUGUACCCGCGAUAAGAGGGUUUUUUCACUCUAUUUCAUUGUUAAGUUCUCUACAGGAUACGUUAAGGUUAUUAACAUUGUGGUUUACAUUCGGGGGUGCUGCAGAAGCUGCACACGCUAUAAAUGAUGGGUUUGCUAUGAUCAAAAUAGAUAAUUGGUUGGAGGUUUUACCACAAUUAAUAUCUCGAAUUCACCAGCCAGAUCAAACAGUCAGUAAAUCGUUAUUAUCAUUAUUAUCAGAUUUAGGUAAAGCACAUCCACAGGUACUUUUAAAUCCAUUAAUUGUUGCUAUCAAGUCAGAAUCUGAAUCCAGAAGGUUGGCAGCUAUGUCAAUAAUUGAAAAAAUGAAAAUUCAUAGUCCUACCUUGGUAGACCAGGCCGAACUAGUAAGUGAUGAAUUAAUCAGGGUUGCCGUUUUGUGGCACGAAUUGUGGUACGAAGGUCUAGAAGAUGCAAGUCGGCAAUUUUUUGGUGAGCAUAAUACAGAAAAGAUGUUUGCGACAUUGGAUCCCUUACAUGACCUUUUGAAACGUGAUCCUGAAACAUUGCGAGAAGUGGGUUUCCAAAAUUCUUUUGGGAGAGAUCUAAAUGAUGCUUAUGAAUGGGUACUGAAUUACAAACGUACGAAGGAUAUCACUAAUCUAAAUCAAGCAUGGGAUAUUUAUUAUAAUGUUUUCAGGAGAAUUAGCAGGCAAUUACCUCAGUUACAGACACUAGAAUUACAGCAUGUCUCGCCCAAAUUACAGGCUGCACGGAACCUUGAUAUAGCAGUUUUCGGUACUUAUGUUGUUGGUAAACCUAUUGUAGAGAUUGUGUAUUUUGAUCCUGUAUUUGUUGUGAUAUCAUCCAAACAGAGGCCCAGAAAAUUUUCAGUAAAGGGAAGCGAUGGUAGAUCAUAUCAAUAUCUUCUAAAAGGUCAUGAGGAUAUAAGACAGGAUAGUUUAGUUAUGCAAUUAUUUGGCCUGGUUAACACGCUUUUAGAGAAUGAUCCCGAAUGUUUUCAAAGACAUUUGGAUAUUCAACGAUACCCAGCCAUUCCGUUAUCACCAAAGUCUGGUUUAUUAGGAUGGGUCCCAAACAGUGACACGUUCCAUGUUCUUAUUAGAGAGCAUCGUGAUGCUAAUAAAGUUCCUUUGAAUAUUGAACAUUGGGUAAUGUUACAAAUGGCACCAGAUUAUGAUAAUCUGACAUGGUUAGAAAAAAUAGAAGUGUUCCAGUAUGCCAUGGAAAACACAAAAGGCCAAGAUUUGGCACAGGUAUUAUGGUUGAAGAGUAGGUCAUCUGAAUCAUGGCUCGAACGGAGAACUGUAUACACAAGAUCUCUCUCUGUUAUGUCGAUGGUUGGGUAUAUCUUAGGUCUAGGUGAUCGACAUCCGAGUAACUUAAUGUUAGAUAGGAUAACGGGUAAAGUUAUCCACAUCGAUUUUGGUGAUUGUUUUGAAGCUGCAAUCUUAAGAGAAAAAUUCCCAGAGAAAGUACCUUUUAGAUUGACACGGAUGCUAGUAAAUGCAAUGGAAGUGAGUGGAGUGGAAGGAAGUUUUAGAAUUACAUGCGAAAAUGUUAUGAGAGUUUUGAGAAAUAAUAAAGAAUCUCUGAUGGCAAUUUUAGAAGCAUUCGCUUUUGAUCCUUUGAUCCACUGGGGAUUUGAUUUACCUACUGACAAAAUUAGAGAAGAAACAGGUAUUCAAAUACCAACUACAAACCCAAGUGAAUUACUAAGAAAGGGUGCUAUCACGGCAUCGGAUGCUGCUAAAAUGGAGAUUGAACAACAGACAGAAAUCAGAAAUGCUAGAGCUGUCUUAGUACUUAGACGUAUAACAAAUAAAUUGACUGGUAGUGAUAUCCUAAAGCAUCAUGAGCUCAAUGUAGUGGAUCAAGUAGAUAAAUUGAUUAUGGAAGCUACGUCAAUCGAGAAUUUGUGUCAACAUUAUGUGGGAUGGUGUCCAUUUUGGUGA